CCACACCCUAAAGCCAGGGAGGAGAGACGUUCAUCUGCAUUCUUCUUCUCUCCCAGUGAAGCUGCGCAUGGAUUGGCUCUGAAUCGAGUGAUUUCAGACAGGACUGUGGGGGGGAGUGUGGACAUCAACAACACUGUCCAGCGUCUGACAGAAGGUCUCGGCUGUUUGACAGUUCCAAAGGGACACCAUGACGUCCCAGAAGGAACCCCAGGAGGGACUUUCAACCCCGACCAAAGUGACUGGGCCAAGCUCCUGGUCCCGCGUCAACUGUCCCUGCUGUAUCUCUCCUCAAAUUGAGCCUCUGGUCCUGAUCCAGCUGGCAGAGAGCGUCCAGCCAAUCACCAAACAGUGGAUCAUGUCUGUGAUAGCAGCCCCUGCCAAAGCUGGAGGAGCUCAACUGUUAGUUCAUCCUGGUGAAGACAUGAAGGGGGACAUGAUAGUUGUGGCGGCCCCUCGUUGUACCCUACACAGGGUGACUGAGGAACUGGGCCUCUGCAAAAGAUACCAGGAUGGAGACAUGAAGGCCUUCUCAUUUGAGGACCGCGACAACUUUUGUAACAUUGAUGACACACAGCAGUUCCUGACACUGGCCGAGAGGCAGUUCAUAGUAAAACAUGAAAUGGAUCUAAUGAAAGCCUUAGAGGAACAGCGUAUCCCAGGAAUCCCUGCACCCAAGGGGAAGUUAAAAGCCAGAGAGAGCAUCUUGCAGAAGCUGGAGAAGGCAGGUUUGAUCCGCAGUAUCACUCCUCUGCAUGAUCAGAAGCGUCUGGCGGAACUGGGAAAGCAGUGGUACUCGCAAAAGAGCCUAUGGGGGCAACCGCUGGACUUUAUCCAUGAUUAUUUCGGCGGCACCAUCGCCUACUACUUCAGCUUUUUGGACUUCUACACAUUAUCUCUGUUCCCUCCAGCCAUUUUGGGUCUCUUCAUCACCUUUUUCCUCCCCAGCGCCAACUUCUCCACCGCAAAUCAAACCGACAGCAAAGCCUCUAGUAAAAUUAUUGACGAUGACCAUCCUUCAGUGAGCUCCUACAUGGUGCAGGCCAUCUUCAGUAUGCUCUGGUCCACAGUCUUCAUGGAGCUCUGGAAGAGAAGAAGCGCCUCCUUAUCGUACCAUUGGGGAACGUUCAAUUUAGCCGAACAGUUUCAUGAGCCUCGUCCCGGUUUUCAUGGAGAAAUCGGGACUAAUCCGGUGACUGGCAGAUUGGAGCCGUUGUUUCCCGACUGGAAGAGGAAGAUGAGGAUGGGUUUGGUUUCGGUGCCUGUGGUUGGUUUUUUUUUGGGGUUGGUGAUUUUAGGAAUGACAGGUUUCUAUUUUUGUGAGCGGCUGGUUUCAAGCUUUCAUAAAGGAUCAGGGUCAUAUUUCACAGCUGCUUUGUUGUAUCUGCCUUCGAUCGCACAUAUAUUGUACACUAAUGUGCUGGGAAACGUGUAUCGCAACGUGGCCUUGAAGCUAACAGAGGCAGAAAAUCAUAGGGAGGAAUCGUCUUUUGACUAUCAUCAUACCACUAAAGUGCUUGUGUUUACCUUUUUCAAUAACUUUGCUGUGCUGUUCCACAUUGCCUUCUUCAAAGAGGACAUGCCACUUUUGCGCAAGAGACUGUCUUCUCUUCUGAUUGUGACCCAAGUAGUCGGUCAGUUCACUGAGGUAGUGGUUCCUUUUUUGGUGGACCGUUUCCUCACAUCUGCAGACAGAAACCUUAAGGAAGAUGAUCCAGAAGUGGACCAUCUCCAGGCUCAGGGGAGUCUGCCAGUUUUCCCAGGGCUGUUUGCGGAGUACAUCGAGUUGCUGGUUCAGUUUGGCUACUUGAGUCUCUUCUCUUGUGUCUAUCCUCUCACUGCCCCUUUGUUACUUCUCAACAACCUCACAGAGAUCCGAACUGAUGCUUACAAGCUAUGCAAGCUCUUCAACAAGCCCUUUUCUGCCCCUGUGGCCAACCUUGGUGUAUGGCAGCUAGCAUUUGAGGUGCUGAGCUUCAUCUCGGUCAUUUCUAACUGCUGGCUGUUGCUUCUGUCACCACGUGUGAAGGACUGGAGACAGGAAGCUGGUCUCAGCAGCAGCCAAGUUAUUGUCAUUGCCGUCGUUGUGGAGCAUGUCCUCCUCAUAGUGAAGAUGAUUUUGGCCUUUAUUAUCCCUGAUGAACCAGAUUGGCUCCAAGUCAAGAGAGAACAAAUUGAGUAUAACUCCAUGCAAGCACUUAAAAAACAGAGGAUCAAGAGUACUCGUGCAGAUGACAAACUCCAGAAGGCCAAAAUGGGAGAGUGACCAAAGACUAUUUCACAAGAAGACAAUCACAAGAAGGGAGGUGCUUGGCUAUAAAGUUAUAUCACUUAGCCACUGUAUAACUUGCUAAUGUUCCAUAUGGCACAGUUUACCAAAGAUGGCUUCUACAGUUUACAUGGUAUUAAGGCCCAAUUCACUUAUUGUUUGAGGCACUUUUUUUUAAACUGCUGGGGGGGGGGGGAUUACUGCGUUCAGGGAAGAGACUGUAAAUAUAAGGAGAAUUGAGAAACAAGCAGCUCUUUAGGCUAUAUGAACAUUUUAAAAGAAUAGCUCACAAUCAGUAUUGUAUAUAGUUUUAAAUUUGUGUUGUUUUGUUUGUAUAUUUGUUCCUACAUUGUGACAGUUUUAACUGAUGAGUUUUAUUUCAAAAAAUUUGAUCAUAUUCUUACAACCAAUUUUACUGGCAUAAUCAACCAUGCAAUGCUUGCCUUCCUGAAAACAUUAGUGGCCUUGAAGAUAGAUAUGUACACAUACAUGUCAUACAAUAAAUGGCUUAAACCUUACACAAUGA